AUGAACAAGUUGUGUGCACAAUUCAGCUUCAAACAACAUAACUCUUCUAUGUACAAUGCUCCGGCUAAUGGCUUGGCAGAAGCCUUUAACAAGACUUUAUGCAACAUUCUCAAGAAAGUGUUAUGGGCUUGUCGUACUACAUUCCGAACACCAACUCAAGCUACUCCAUAUUCCUUGGUAUACGGGGUCGAAGCUGUUCUUCCACUAGAAUGUCAAAUUCCAUCUUUGAGAAUCGCAAUCCAAGAAGGACUUUCCAAUGAAGACAAUGUUCGUCUAUGCCUUGAAGAGCUUAAAGCUUUAGAUGAAAAACGUUUUGAGGCACAACAACGAUUAGAAUGUUAUCAAGCAUGA